UUGAUGCUAUUUUUACAUCUGAUCAAAAUACUUUAACGUCAUGUAGUACUACUUCAAUGAUCAAUGAUGAACAAACCCGAUUUGCAAGUGAUGAACAUAAGCAGAAUAGUAGUAAAACACCUGAUACAAUUUCAACACCUAGCUUUCGUACUGCAUUGCAAGUUGUUAAAG